AUGGCCUCCCACGUCAACGGCGACAUGCCCAACCAUACUCAGCAUUCAGCCUUCAUCCAGCAUCUUCUUGACUACCCCGUCAUCAGCGACGGCGUUCACACCUUCAAGUCCCACGAGCUCGGACAGCGCUCCAUUGCCAUCACCGAAUCAGCCUACAAGACCAUCGCCUCGAACAUCUUCCCCUACAUCACCAAGCCCUACCAGUAUGUGAGCCCGUACGUCUCGCGUGCCGACGAGCUCGGCGACAAGACCCUCGCCCGUCUCGACAAGCGCUUCCCCGUCGUCAAGAAGCCCACCGGCGAGCUCUACGCCGACACCAAGAGCCUUGUCUGGUUCCCUGUCAACAAGGCCACCGAGGGCCGCGACCACGUAUACAGCGUUUACUCGUCCGAGGUCAAGAAGAAUGGCGAUGGUAGCAGGCUAGUUGGGUACGGCAAGGCCGCUGUCCUCACGGCCUUUGUUGUGAGCAACGAGACGCUGGGCUGGUUGAGCAAGUUUCUGUCGCGAAAGAAGGAGCAGGCAAGCGAGGCUGUCAACAGCCACAAGGUGAACCAGUAA